AUGCAGUUCUCUCUCGUCCUCGUCUCCCUGUUCGCCCUCGCGGCCCAGGCCAUCCCCACGGAGCCCCUCCAGAAGCGCGCCACGACCUGCGGAAGCACCUACUACACCACCGCCCAGGUCAACGCCGCCUCCAACGCCGCCUGCAACUACGUCAAAGCCGGCACCGUCGCCGGCAGCUCCACCUACCCCCACCGCUACAACAACUACGAGGGCUUCAACUUCGACGUCAGCGGGCCCUGGUACGAGUUCCCGAUCCGGACGAGCGGCGUCUACACCGGAGGCUCUCCCGGUGCUGACCGUGUUGUCAUCAACGCGUCUUGCGGCCAGGCCGGCCAGAUCACCCACACCGGCGCCAGCGGCAACGCCUUUGUUGGUUGCACCGGCACCUCUUAG